AUGGACCAAGAUAUAAACCAAAUCAAAUUUUCGCUGGAUAAUUUAUUAUUAUCCGACUCGUUAUCUUUUUCUGAUGAAGCUUUUCAAAAUUACAGAGGUUCUAAUGACAAUAGUCAAUGUCUUGAAAGCUGUUCAGAUUUACAGGAUAUUUUAGAGUCUCAAACAUCAUUUUCGGUUAUAAAUGAAGAAACAAAUGACGACGGGCCUGAUCUUACACAGGAAGAAUGUUGGGGUGUGAUUUAUUCAUUUUUCAAUGAGAAAGGAAUUGUUAGUCAACAAUUAGAUUCCUUUGAUGAAUUUAUUUUAAAUAAUUUACAAGAUAUAAUUGAAGCAUCUCCUCCUAUUACAGUAGAAAAAUCUAUUGAUGAUAAUGGAAUUGUAAUAAAGAAACGUAUUUGUAUUGAAUUAAAUAAUUUAAGUUUGACUAAACCGAGCUUCAUCGAAUCUGAUGGAAGCAUGCACGCAUUAUUUCCACACGAGGCACGUCUUAGAAGUAUUACACAGACAUUGGAAACGUUUGAAUGUAUUGAAGAUCAAGAAACUGAUGGUGGCGUAAAUGAGAGAAAAGUUGAAGAAUCUGUCGGUGAUUGGACUAAUGUAUUCAUCGGAAAGAUUCCUAUAAUGGUUAAAUCGCAAGCAUGUUCCUUGUAUAGUUUGAGUGAAGAAGAAUUGAUUAGUAAAAAAGAAUGUCCUUACGAUCAGGGAGGAUAUUUUAUUAUAAAUGGAUCAGAAAAGGUUAUAAUUGCUCAAGAAAGACUUGCAAACAAUAUAGUUUUUGUAUUUAAAAAAUUUACUCCGCCAACUUGCACAUAUUCAGCCGAGAUUAGAAGUGUUUCCGAGAAAUACCAGAAAGUACGAACUAUAUCACUCAAUUUGGUAACAAAAUCUGUUGUUCGUGAUACUCCAAGUCAACACAUUCACGUGUCAAUUCCAUUUAUAAAGAAUGAUAUCCCUAUAAAGGUUUUAUUUUGUGCACUUGGAUCCUUAGAAGAAAAGGAGAUAUAUUCACAAAUCUGCUACGAUGAAAAUGAUGAAGAGAUGGCUGAAAUUAUUAUUAAUUGUCUUGAAGAAGGUUCAGGUUUUCGAGAUCAAGAUGUAGAUUUAAUUGGUCGUAGAGGAUCACGUAUAGGACUUACCAUGGAAGAGCGUAUACAUUACGCAAAAAAUAUUUUGCUCAAUGAAGUUUUACCACAUGUAGGAACACGUUAUAGUGAUAAUUCUAGAAAAUCCUGGUUUCUAGGAUAUAUGACGAAUAAAUUGUUAAAUUGUGCACUGGGGAGAAGAGAGGCGGAUGAUAGAGAUCAUAUGGGUAAAAAAAGAUUAGACAUGGCAGGUCCAUUAUUAGCUCAACUGUUUAAAACUUUGUUUAAACGAUUAAUCAAAGAUUUACAUGAUUACCUUCAAAAGGUUUUUAAUAACCCUAAUAAAGAGUUUAAUAUAGCUUUGGGUAUAAGAGCCGAAACAAUCACAAAUGGUUUAAAGUAUUCACUUGGAACUGGUAAUUGGGGUCAGCAAUCAAAAACAAUGCAGUCAAAAUCAGGUGUCUCACAAGUAUUAAAUCGAUUCACAUACGUGUCAACGUUGUCACAUCUAAGAAGAUGUAACACACCAAUAAGUCGCGAGGGGAAAUUAUCUAGACCUCGUCAAUUACACAAUACUCAUUGGGGUUUAAUAUGUCCAGCAGAAACACCCGAGGGUUUGGCUUGUGGUUUAAUGAAAAAUCUUUCACUCAUGUCUUGUAUAUCAGUUGGUAACUCUUCGGAUGUGAUAUACAAUCAUUUAUGUGAUCUCGAAUCAAUUACACGUACUGAUGAACUUGAUGGUUUAAAUAAUAUGAAAGAUUACACAAAAGUUUUUGUUGAUGGUAAUUGGGUUGGAGUGUCACUUUAUCCAACUGAAAUUGAAAAUUCAUUGAAAUUUGUUAGAGGGAGUGAAUUUUCACCUGAUAUAAGCAUAGUUCAUGAUUACCGUGAUAGGGAGUUGAGAAUAUUUACUGAUCCUGGUAGAGUUUGUAGACCUUUGUUUGUUGUAAAAGAUAGCAGAUUACUUAUAACACAUGAUGAUGUUAAAAGAUUGGAAAGAAGUGUGUCGAAUAAUUCGAACAUUUAUGAUGAACCAUCAACAUUCGAAGGACUAGUGACGAGACAUUUAAUUGAGUAUCUUGAUGCAGAAGAGGAGGAAAUAUCAUUGAUAUGUAUGACACCAGAAGAUCUAAAAGGUUCAAGAAACUAUUAUGUUUAUAAGCUUAAUAAUAUGCUAUUACCGAAAAAAGAAAACAAAAUAGACGAGAGGUUAAAAAUUUUACCAAAGUACAGUAGUAAAUGGACUCAUUGUGAAAUUCAUCCUAGUAUGAUUUUGGGAAUUUGUGCAAACCUUAUACCUUUUCCUGAUCAUAACCAGUCACCACGUAAUACAUAUCAAUCAGCAAUGACCAAACAAGCAAUGGGUGUUUAUGCAACAAACUUCCAAUUCAGAAUGGACGUGCUAGGAAAUAUAUUAUAUUAUCCUCAAAAACCUCUUGUUACAACAAAAGGUAUGCAAAUAAUGAAGUUCCAUGAAUUGCCAGCAGGACAAAAUGCCAUAGUCGCCAUAUUAUCAUACGGGGGUUACAACCAGGAAGAUUCGAUUAUUUUUAAUCAAAGUAGUAUUGAUAAAGGGAUGUUCAGGAGCUUUAGUUAUAGAAGUUUUAGUGAUCAGGAAAAGGAGAAAGGUGUUUUGAACGUUGAAAUGUUUACCAAACCAAAUCCUGACACCACAAUAAGUUUUAAACAUGGCAACUAUGAAAAGUUGGACGAGGAUGGAUUGGUAUCACCUGGGUGGCCUGUAAGUGUCAACGAUGUGAUUAUAGGCAAGGUGAUUCCGUUGGUAGCUGACAAUACUGUGUUAGGACAAAGAACUCCAAUGCACCAAUACAAAGAUAUCUCGACACCGUUAAGAUCAAACGAGUCGGGUAUUGUUGAUCAAGUCAUGCUUACAACUAACCAAGAAGGGUCAAAACUAGUUAAAAUCAGAGUUAGAAAUACGCGGAUUCCAGAACUAGGCGACAAAUUUGCUAGUCGACAUGGACAAAAAGGUGUUAUUGGGAUGAUUUAUAGACAAGAAGACAUGCCUUUUACAACGGAAGGUAUUACGCCCGACAUCAUUAUAAAUCCACAUGCUAUACCAAGCAGAAUGACAAUUGGUCAUUUGAUUGAAUGUUUGUUGGGCAAGCUUAGCGCGUUGUCAAGUGUUGAGGGAGACGCAACACCUUUUACCAAUUUAACAGUUGAACAAAUAUCAUUACAACUUGAAGGACACGGUUAUCAAAAACGAGGAUACGAAGUGUUGUAUAAUGGAUACACUGGACAAAAAUUGCAAGCUUCAGUAUUUAUCGGACCAACAUAUUAUCAGAGAUUAAAGCAUAUGGUACAAGAUAAAAUACAUUCUCGAGCACGUGGACCUAUUAAUAUACUAACUAGACAACCGGUUGAAGGACGAGGACGUGAUGGUGGAUUAAGAUUUGGUGAGAUGGAGAGGGAUUGUAUGAUUUCUCAUGGCACUGCAGGGUUUCUAAAGGAACGAUUGUUUGAUGUAUCUGAUACAUUUAGAAUAUUUGUAUGUGACAUUUGCGGAUUGAUGGCGAUUGCAAGAAUCAAAAAAAAUACACAUGAAUGUAAAAUCUGUAAGAACACUACAAUGGUGUCGCAAGUUCAUAUACCAUAUGCAUGUAAAAUGUUAUUUCAAGAAUUAAUGGCAAUGAAUAUUUCACCUAGAUUGGUUUUAUCAAUUUAA